GGCGCGGCGGCGCCUUCAAGGCCCGGCCCGUCCGACGUGGCAGCGCCUGCACCGAGCGCGGCCCGGCCCCGCCACCGCCCCGCCCGCCCCGAGCCAGCCCGGGCCCCGCCAUGGGCCACAACGACAUUAUGAACACCGCCGAGGACUUCGCCGACCAGUUCCUGAGGGUGACCAAGCAGUACCUGCCCCACGUGGCCCGGCUGUGCCUGAUCAGCACCUUCCUGGAGGAUGGCAUCCGCAUGUGGUUCCAGUGGAGUGAGCAGAGGGACUACAUCGAUGGCACGUGGAACUGUGGCUACUUCCUGGCCUCCAUCUUUGUGAUCAUAAACCUCUUUGGGCAGCUGAGUGGCUGUAUCCUGGUGCUGAGUAGGAACUUUGUGCAAUAUGCCUGCUUUGGACUGUUUGGAAUUAUAGCAUUACAGACUAUUGCAUACAGCAUUCUAUGGGACCUGAAGUUCUUGAUGAGGAAUCUUGCCCUUGGGGGAGGCUUGCUGCUGCUUCUGGCUGAGUCCCGCUCGGAGGGGAAGAGCAUGUUUGCUGGUGUCCCCACCAUGAGGGAGAGCUCCCCAAAACAGUACAUGCAGCUGGGGGGACGAGUGCUGCUCGUCCUCAUGUUCAUGACACUGCUACACUUUGACAUGAACUUCUUUUCUAUUCUGCAGAACAUUGUGGGCACAGCCCUGAUUAUCUUGGUGGCAAUUGGCUUCAAGACUAAGCUGGCUGCCUUGACUCUGGUCAUCUGGCUCUUUGGCAUCAACAUCUACUUCAAUGCCUUCUGGACCGUCCCAGCCUACAAGCCCAUGCACGACUUCCUCAAAUACGAUUUCUUCCAGACCAUGUCUGUCAUUGGAGGGCUCCUCCUCGUGGUUGCACUGGGUCCUGGUGGAGUCUCCAUGGAUGAGAAGAAAAAAGAGUGGUAACAGGAAUAGCAACACUUCUUGGGACAUACUGUACUAAGUCCAGAACUGAUUCUCUAUGGAUUCAACAAAAACUGCCAGCAUUUUACACAUACAUGCCCCCUUCCUAUAAAAGGCACAGAUGUUUUGAAUUUGAUUUACUGUGGCACCAGUAAUACAAUAGAUAAAAUCCUAUUUCUUCAAGGAAUGUUGCCUAGGCUAAUUCUAACUUCCUAGAUUUGGAACUAACCCAAGGAACCUGCAUUUUGCUGAUGCUUCAGUGAAUUGCAGUAGAACAGUUGCUGUCUGGAAUGUCAGCAAUGUCUUAAAAUUUGCAGAAAGGUGAGCAGAUACAGCUGGAUCAUUCAGUGGUGUUGGGUUGUAGCUAUAACUAAAAAAGUGGAUCCCCUUUCUUGCCCUUAUCAAAACUGUCUUGUGCAUAAGGAGUUCCAUGGCUGGUUAUAGCAUUGCUUAUCAAGGUGGAAAGCAGCAUCAAAGAAAACCUAGAAAAUCAGUUAUUUUGCUGCUCAGAGGCCUGUAAUUCCCUUUUGUUCAGCAGGGAAGGGUCUUUCCUGCUCCUGAAUAGAAGGCAAAAAGAAAACCUUGGAAGUAGUUGCACUGCUUUCUGGGUAAGAAAAAGGAGAGGAUUUUCUAACGUGUCCCAGUUCUGCCCUUGAGGGGAACAAGGGGAAAUCCUGUAUUGUUAAUCAUGAAUCCUGUACUGCUAAUCAGAUUUAAAGGAAGUGGGGGAGAUAAUCCUGAAGAGACAGAACAUUAGAUUCUGUGAAAAUUCUGUGCCAAAAGAAUUCUCUAUUCUACAUUCUUUCCCCAAAAGCUGCUCCUCCUGAAUUCCCAAGAAGGGAGCCAAGUUGUGCUGCAGGUUCCAUAAUAAAAGCUCCUUUCUCCUAUUAACCAGCUUCCAUCAAUAUAUACCCCAAAUUCAUAUUUGAAUGGCAGGUUAAUGGUGAAAAUGUCUUGAGAAUUACAGAAACUCCCCUUUUCUGUGCACUCAGUACUUGCCAGAUGAGAGCAGUCAAUCUCCUAAUCUGUAAUCUUUGCUUCUUAGAUUCACUUCUGUCAGUCUCUUGGCUGUAAGAGUCCCAGCUGGCUGAAGAGCUGGGCUGCUGAGCUCUCCAGGACAGCCCCUCCUCUGCCACCUCAGAGCACCCUGAGCUGUGCAGGGUGGAAAUGUGGAAGUGGCCCCUGUUCCCAACUCUGCAAACGGUUCUAGCUGAGGAAUGUGAGUGCAAAGCCUGGGCAGUGGAGAAGCAGCCAGGGGUGAACCUUCCCCGGGAGAAACUCAGGAGGGUGAGGAAAGGAAGGCCCUGUUUGGCUUCUCAGUGCCACAACCUCUGUGCCAUGACCAUGCUUAGUGCUGCUCAGGGAGGCCUUGUGUCCUCUCUUAGUCAACUAGGUGUGAACCUGUUUCACUAAAUUGUGGAGGAAUUCUAGACAGCAUGAGCCCUACCAACUUCCUACCAUUACAUUGAUUCCUUGCUCUCUUGCCUCCCCUGAGGAAGAUGCUCAGCUCUUUGUUGAAGGAGGAAUUCAGCUGAACAUCUCCAAUGGGAGCUGUUCCCCAGGGUCUCCUGAUAAGGGCACUCACCUGGACAUUCAGUUAAACAGUUGCUUUUUAGGAGAGAAAACUGGCCUGAAAGAACUAAUAAAAAAUAGAAGAGCACUGUUGAAAGUUAAACCAGUGAUUUCAUCAUCUUAAGGGGAUAAUAGCCUCUGUAAGGGCAAGAUGUGCUGCUGCUGGAGGAAGCCAUUUGCUAUCCCAGAAUAGUUAGGGUUGGAAAGGACCUCUGGAGAUCAUCUAGUCCAACCCCCAUGUCCAGAUUGAUGGAAGGGGAAUUCAGCAUUAAGGUCAGGUCACUGAUGGCUUUCUUUUCAAGGAAGUUUUGCAAGAGAAGUCUUUGCCUCAAAGUGUUCUGUGUUCCUGACU